AUGGCUUCGUCGUCGCAAGCAUGGGUCAGGCGUGCCGGCAUCGCCGCCGUCAUCAUGGCCGCCUCUGUCGUCCUCGCUCCCGUCUACGCCGUAGACGUCAGUAUAUGUGCCUCGUUCAACACGGCCAGCACCGACAGGAACGUCAGCAUCUACCAGAGCAACGGCCUCUGCACUAACUUUUGCAGCGCCGACUACGCCUACGCCAUUACGCAGAAGAAUGGCUGCUGGUGCUCCAAUUACAUACCUUCCGAGUCCAGCCAGGUCGACACCGACGACUGCGACACAGCAUGUCCCGGCUACCCCGACGAAAUGUGCGGUGGAAGCGACCUCUUUGGCUACCUUGAGCUGGACACCAACUCACCCUCGGGAACCAAGGGCCCUUCAGCAGCCUCGUCGACGACUUCUGAGGAUCCCGAGACCUCUACCAGAGAGCCCGCUAAGACUUCCACUACCUCCGAUGAACCUGCGACUACGACUGCCAUCCAGACCCUCACCUCCAAUGGCGAGGUCAAGACGGUCACCGUCAUGCCCACCUCAGACAGCGACCAGAGCAGCGAUUCCUCCGACUCGGACAAGGACAAAUCCGGCGGUGGCCUUGGCACCGGCGGCGUCGUCGGCAUCGUUGUCGGUGUCGUCGGCGUCAUCCUGAUUGCCGCCGCCGCCGUCCUCUUCUGGCUCUUCAAGCGCCGCCGCGACCAGCAGGCCGGCUACAACAACGACCCCAGCGUCCACGGCUCCUCGAUGCUGGGCUCUGCCCACCCCGAGAUGAGCAGCUCGCCCACGUCGAACCGUAACAGCGUGCUGGCUAUCGAUCCGCGCAUGGAUCCCUUCAAGCAGGGCCUGUACAUGCGCAACGGCAGCCAGGAGAGCAUUGGCACUAUCCGCGACGAGCAUGACUAUUCCAGGAGAAUCCAGCCACCCAAGGUGCUACGGGCCACGAACCCGGAUCCGGAGGAUGCGAAUUAG